GACAGGCUGGGCGGAGUGCGGGUAGUGCUGCCGCCGCGCUGUGAACCGAGUCAGGCACGCCCGAGAUCUUCGCAGCUGCGACUCGCGACUGACUCCGGAGACGACAUGGAGACCGUUCGCAUCCUGGCGAUGGUGGGAUGUCUGGCGGUGAUGAUGUGUGGGAGCACCCAAGCAGCCAGCAUCAUCUUUCCAACAACAAGCCGGAACGCCAGCAGGACCAGGCUGCCACAGCUUGUUUUCACCGAAGAGCCAGCAUGCAUCCGCCGAUCCGAGUUCGGCAUGUGCGAAACAAUCGACGAGGAGUACCCGACUGAGAUCAUAAAGGAGGCGCUGGCACAGAGCAACAACGCGCCGGUCGCCGAGCUGGCCAGCGGAGACGACACGCUUGUGGAGUUGGCGCCGCGGUUCGGCGGCAACACCGAGAUGGAAAACCGACUGGUGGAGGAGACGGCCGCCUGCACGGCCACGGAGUCCAUCAUCUACCCGAAGAUGGCGAAGAAUGACAAGAACCAGUGGCUGUUCGUGGUCAACUCCGCCGAAACCGUCCAGGGGAUCCGGGUGGAGAAAUGCGUGGACGAGGGCAAGCAGUGCAAGAUAGCGUCGGAGGGCACAGUCUGUCGUCAGAAGUACAUCUACCGCAAGAUGCUGGCCGUCAACGGCUCCGGCAAGAUGGCCACCGACAACUUCCGCAUUCCCAGCUGCUGCGUCUGUUACAUCAAGAAUGAAUUCCUGGCAGUGCGGUUCAACACCAGCCCCAAGCGUAAGAACUCGACGGCCUCAUCGCGAAUUCGGAGCCGCCCGGCCCGGCAGGCCGGCCCCGAGCCCGAGCUGGAGGUGGCCGGCCGCGAACCCGAGCUGGAGGUGGUCGGCGGCGAGACGGCAGGUCUCUCGGGCUCGCCACUGGACAACGCGCUGGCUCUGGCCCCGGCCGAGCAGGGGACGGCCCAGCAGAGCAUCGAGACCGAGGAGACCUUCAACCCCUCGGACACCAUCGGCGGCCAGCCCGUCGGCCGGUUCGCCGGUGAGAUCAUCGUCCACUCGAACCCCAUCGUCGUCAAGAAGAAGCCUCCCAAGCAGACGCGGCGGCGCAACUGAACGGCCCGACAUCUGGCGACUGCGGUGGGAAGCUGAAGUAUGGGCGGCGGGGCGACCGGCGCGCGGCGCCGUCGUCGAUUUCGGGAUGAGGCGCCGCACUACCGUCGUAGUUGCGUGAUGAAGUAUUUUAUCUAGUUGAAGCGAGCAUUUGGCUCCCAGCCUACCAGGAUUCUCCACAGCUAAAAUACAGUGUUGUUAAUUGUCCACGAAAUGGGUCCCGACCUGACUACUUCCCCGGCUCAGCCAAAUCGGCAGCAUUUUGGAAACAUGGCGUGUGGUGAAAGCUGAGGUUUGAGGGGACUCAGAUGCGAGCAGGACUGGGCAGCCGCCGUUUGCCGAAGACCAUGAUGCAAGUACCAUGUAUAUUCAGAGCUUCACUUCAGUCAUGCGUAUUCAGAACGGUGGGUACCUCGGACGUGGCUUGUUUGUGCGUUCGCAAACUCACGACUAAUAACAGCCGCGCGUUCGUCAGCUCACGACUAACAACAUGUCUGUCACGUGACUUGACAUCCUCCGGGUGGUGACCAGUUGUCACGUGCGAUGAGCUCCUCGGCACGUGUCACGCGAAAGACGAGAACGCUGAGAACUCAUCUGAGAACGCUCUCCCGAAAGUGGCUGGCAAUAAUGAUCGAGCAAUAAUUGCAUCGAGCGACAAGCAAGCAGGACACCACCGUUUUUCACUGCUUGCGAAGAAAUCUGGGCAGACGGCCGGGCCCCUUAUGAGCACACUUUGCCACACUGUGUUCGAAUGCCAUGGGACAGGCUUACUGAGAACCCGUCAUCAUGAUGUCCGACGCAUCUUUCGUUGUUUUUUUUGUCUCGUUUUUGCGGCGAUGCCGGGAGGAGGUGAAACGUUUUUGCACGUUUUUAAUAAAGCAUGACCGUCGAUCUUC